AUGGUUCAAGCUGGUCCAGGCACCAUUAUACAGGCACCAAACUUUGGUGACAUUGUCCCAUACUUGUCCCGCAGGUUUGGUAAAUGCAAGGGUUAUGGGAUCAUGACAGCUUCCACAGAUAAAGAAAGAAGUGGUGAUGUAACCAUCGUGGUGAAUAAUGCUGGAGCAAUAUAUCCAGCCGAUCUUCUUAGUACUAAGGAUGAGGAAAUUACCAAAACAUUUGAAGUCAACAUCCUGGGACAUUUUUGGAUCAUAAAAGCACUUCUUCCUUCAAUGAUAAAGAGAAAUUACGGCCACAUUGUCACAGUGGCUUCAGUGUGCGGCCAUGGAGUAAUUCCCUAUCUUAUCCCAUAUUGUUCCAGCAAAUUUGUGGCUGUUGGCUUUCACAGGGCUCUGACAGCAGAACUUGAAACCUUGGGGAAAACUGGUAUCAAAACCUCAUGUCUCUGCCCAGUUUUUGUGGAUACUGGGUUCACCAAAAACCCAAGCACAAGAUUAUGGCCUGUAUUAGAGACAGAUGAAGUUGCAAGAAGUCUGAUAGAUGGAAUACUUACUAAUAAGAAAAUGAUUUUUGUUCCAUCAUAUAUUGGUAUUUCUCUAAUACUGGAAAAGUUUCUUCCUGAACGUGUUGCAGCUUUAAGUCGCAUACAGAAUAUACAAUUUGAAGCAGUGGUUGGUCACAAAACCAGAAUGAAAUGAUGUAUGACAAAGAUGUAUGCACAUUUAUGAUGUGAAUCUAAGCACAGAUUUAAUGCUUCAAAGUGUUCUUUCACAUUUUCCAGUGAUGUUUAUAUUAAAAAACAUUGAUUUGGCACUAGCAGCAAAACUAAUUGCCUUUCUAUGUCUCAAAACUAGAGAACUUUGAGAAAUAAAUUUCUACUGUUUACAAA